AUGAGAGCCGCAGUCACUCCAAGGGACUACGCCAAUGCGGUUUCGCUCUAUGCGCAACGGAACAUCUUUACGUCCAUCUACCCGGGCGAGCACUUUGACGGACUGGCCAAGUUUCUGAUGAGAGGCUUCUCCGGGUCGUGCGCAGAUCGACGCUUCGCGCCCGUGGAACGGCCCGGCGAGUUUGCAACUUUGUACUGGAUGUCCGGUUCGGACGAGAACCAGCUUCGACACCUGCACACCGUGGAAGAGCUGAAGAAGCUAUUCGCAGAGGGCGCCGGGGUUCUUGUCUGGACUGAUGCAGGACGAGACCUCAACGAAGGACCGAAGGGACCAUGGCUUGACUCUCACAACGAACAGGUCACACCAGUCACUUCGCCUUUCUUUCCGACAUUCCAGCACCUCCCAGAACUGCAUCGAAGGUCGAGCUCUAUUCCUACAACCACCGAAAACCAUCUGAAGGGCCCGUUUCCUCAAAGCGCUGCGCUUCUCCCUUGCAACUAUGGUAGGUUCCUUGACAAAUCGCUGAUGGCAAAGGACGCCUUCUAUGCCGUGCAUGAUAUAUUCGGCUUCUGCGCUUCUGCAAUCUGCCAGUUCCUCAACAUGAUCGAGAGCGUCAUCGAAGAGGAGACGGGAUUUGCAGCAAUGUCGAACACGCAGUACUCGUUGUCAACACUGCUGUAUCACCAAGACGUUCUCGAAAAGCAAACACGGGACCUGCGCUCUUCUAUCGAAAAGAUUCGAGCCCGAGGCGGGAGCAGCUGGCCGCACGCUCAAGAAGGGGACGGGAAAGAAGACGUUGAAGCGGCCGCGCACUCGCUGAUGCGGGAUUACGAAGAACUCUUGUUCAGGGCGCACACUCUCUCCAAGCGCUGCAAGAGUGGGAUUGCUGUGCUGAUGAGUCAGGCUUCCAUUGAGGAGUCCAAGAAGGCGAUUUCUCAGACGGAGAAGAUGAAGGCGCUCACUUUGCUCGGGUUCUUCUACCUACCGCUUUCCUUUACUACCUCUUUCUUUGGCAUGAACUUGGGCGCGGUCGGUACGGGUGGUAAAAUGGGGAUUUGGGUUUGGUUUGUGGUGUCGAUUCCCGUCCUUCUGAUUUCUUUUGGGUUUCUCAAGCUCAUGACUUUUCGUCUUCGCUGA